AUGGGAGACAGCUUCCUACAUUUGGGAGAUAUCGUCUCCCUAUACGCAGAGGGCAGCGUCUCAGGCUUUCUCAGUACUUUAGGGUUGGUAGAUGACAGAUGCGUUGUCUGCCCUGAGGCAGGCGACUUGAAUGAUCCACCCAAAAAGUUUCGUGAUUGCCUGUUUAAAAUAUGCCCUAUGAACCGGUACUCCGCUCAAAAGCAGUUCUGGAAUACUGCCAAGCAGUCGGCCAACUCUAACACCGACACCGGGCUACUGAAGAGGUUACACCAUGCGGCGGAAAUAGAGAAGAAGCAGAAUGAGUUGGAGAAUAAGAAAUUGCUCGGGACAGUCGUGCAGUACGGCAGCGUCAUACAACUGCUGCACGUCAAGUCUAACAAAUAUCUCACGGUAAACAAAAGACUACCAGCGUUGCUAGAAAAAAACGCGAUGCGUGUUCAUUUAGACGCUAACGGUAACGAAGGCUCGUGGUUCUAUGUAAUGCCGUUCUACAAACUUCGGUCAACAGGGGACAAUGUGGUGGUCGGGGACAAAGUGAUAAUGAACCCCGUGAAUGCGGGUCAACAAGUUCUGCACGUGUCACACAAUCACGAGCUGCCUGACAACGCUGGCUGUAUGGAGGUGAACGUAGUGAACUCAUCGACUUCAUGGAAGGUGACCCUAUUCCUCGAACACAAGGAGAAUCAGGAGGAGAUCCUGAAGGGUGGAGACGUUGUCCGACUGUUCCACGCGGAGCAGGAGAAGUUCCUCACCAUGGACGAGUACAGGAAGAGGCACCACGUGUUUCUGAGGACCACGGGAAGGUCAAGCGCCACUGCGGCUACUAGUAGCAAAGCGCUCUGGGAGAUAGAGGUGGUACAACAUGACCCGUGUCGUGGUGGAGCUGGUCACUGGAACUCCCUAUUCCGAUUCAAGCACUUAGCAACGGGGCAUUAUCUGGCAGCUGAAGCCUGCGUCAAAACACAGGAGGCUCCUCUGGAACCCGGCGAGCCUGCAUACCAGCUGGUCUCAGUGCCGCAUUCAUCAGAGAUCGCUACCCUGUUCGAACUGGAUCCCACCACCAUGACGCACUCCGAUGCACCCGUACCACAGAGCAGCUAUGUUAGGUUACAACAUUUAUGCACACACACAUGGGUGCACUCUACGGCGAUACCCAUAGAUAAGGAUGAAGAGAAGCCUGUCAUGUCCAAGGUGGGUUGCUCAUUAGUGAAGGAAGAUAAAGAGGCGUUCGCGCUAAUAUCCGUGUCGCCGAGCGAGGUGCGAGAUUUGGACUUCGCCAAUGACGCUUGCAAAGUGUUAUCGGUCUUAUCAACUAAGCUGCACCAUGGGAAUAUAGAACAUAAUGAGAGGAAGGCGCUGACGUGUCUCCUUCAAGACAUAGUGUAUUUCAUAGCGGGCUUCGAGAACGAGCCUAACAAGUCAGAAGCGCUGGAGCUGGUCGUCGAAAACCCUAUCAGAGACCGGCAGAAGUUGCUACGCGAGCAGUAUAUAUUGCGACAGCUUUUCAAAAUAUUACAGGGUCCAUUUCAAGAAACUUCAGAUGGGGAGCCGUUCCUGAAGAUCGAAGAACUUUACGAUCCCCGUUACGCCCCUUACAAAUACAUUUUCCGGCUGUGCUAUAGAAUUCUCCGACUUAGUCAGCAGGACUACAGGAAGAAUCAAGAAUACAUAGCGAAGCAUUUCGGUUUCAUGCAGAAGCAAAUCGGUUAUGAUAUACUUGCUGAGGACACCAUCACAGCUCUACUGCAUAACAACAGGAAGUUACUGGAGAAGCAUAUCACCGCUUCUGAAAUAGAAACGUUUGUUGGACUGGUCCGGAAGAAUAUGAAGACGUGGCAGUCCCGGUUCCUGGACUAUCUGAGCGAUUUGUGCAUCUCCAACAAGAAGGCUAUCGCUGUCACCCAGGAACUAAUCUGCAAGAGCGUACUCUGCGCUAACAAUUCAGACAUACUCAUUGAAACCAGAUUAGUCUCCACAAAAUACGAGCAAGGAAAAAUGUUAGAAGCGGAUGAUAGUAAAUAUACAAUUGAAGAUGAAGUCAUAUUACUGUGGAAUAAUAAAAAGAAUUCGCGGCUUUUGUCGGAGCUGGCGGCGGAAGCCCGCGUGAAUCCAAACAGCGAGGCGGCCGCUAUACUGGACUACUACCGGCACCAGCUCGAUUUGUUCUCCAACAUGUGCCUCAACCGACAGUACCUCGCACUCAACAGCCUGUCACCUCAGCUGCAUAUACAUCUAAUACUCAAGUGCAUGUCGCAGGCGCAGCUGUCGUACGAGCUGCGCGCGUCGUUCUGCCGGCUGAUGCUGCACCUGCACGCAGACAGAGAUCCGCAGGAGCCCGUCACGCCCGUCAAGUACGCGCGGCUCUGGACCGAGGUCGCCGACAACAUACACAUACGAGACUACCAAUGCGUGAAAGGCGGCCCGGACGCGAACCGCGAGAAAGUAAAGGAACAAUUUGCGUCCACCAUACGCUUUGUGGAGAACUACUUGUGCAACGUGGUCACACGCACCUGGUACUUCAGCGACCACGACCAGAACAAGCUCACCUUCGAGGUCGUCAAACUUGCCAGGGAACUGAUCUACUUCGGAUUCUACAGCUUCAGCGACCUGCUACGUCUGACGAAGACUCUACUAAGUAUCCUGGACUGCGUCACAGCUAUGGAUCUACUGAACGAGACCAAUGCCCUCUCAGGGGAGGUUGAAUCUUCUCAAGAAAAGGAAAUGACCAAACCGGAAGGCGGCGUUUUACGCAGUAUUGGUGACAUGGGGGCUGUGAUGACUUCAAUAACUCUAGGAUCCGUCCCAAGAAAUGUGGGCGGUAACACGAGUUCUGGCAACACUGGCAUGCAGCGCAGCGCGUCAGCAUUAGUGCUUGCCAGAGAGCACCCUCUCGUUAUGGACACCAAGCUCAAAAUUAUAGAGAUUCUACAGUUCAUUCUGGACGUGCGGCUGGACUACCGCAUCAGUUGUUUGCUGUCGAUCUUCAAGAAGGAGUUCGAGCAGGCCGGCGACCGCAGCGCGGACAACAUCGCGCGGGCCGAUGUCGAAGCGAUAGGGCUUCAAGCAGAGGGCAUAUUUAGCUGCCGAGCUAUACAGACUGUGCCCGACAGCUGUCUCCCAAAAAAUGUAGAUUUGGAUGGUUUGGACCUGGAUGAGUGCGGUGGACGCAUGGUGCUGCGCGUGCUGCUGCAGCUGUGCUCGCAGGGCGCCUCUGCCGCCCUCGUCUCCGGCGCCCUGGCGCUUCUCUUCAGGCACUUCAGUCAACGGCAGGAGGUGCUGGCGGCUUUUAAACAGGUACAACUGCUAGUAUCGGAUGCAGAUGUGGAGUCGUACAAGCAGAUAAAAGCAGAUCUGGACCUGUUGCGGCAGAGCGUCGAGAAGUCCGAACUGUGGGUGUUCAACAAGGGUAGAGCAGGCCUCCUGGAUGAUCACUCCGGUUUAUCAGGCACGGUGGGUCCAGGCGGUGCUGUACUAGAACGGAACGCUUCACUUGACAAUGUUCUAGACACGUCUAGAACGACAAAGCACGACCAUAUGAAUGAAUAUAGGAAAAUUAAAGAAAUUCUACAACGAAUGAUAAAGUAUUGCACACAAGGCAACAGCGGCGCGGGAGAGUCGAGCCGACCGCGGAGACACGAACAAAGACUGCUGAGGAAUAUAGGCGUUCAUAACAUUGUAUUGGAUUUGCUACAAGUGCCCCACGACGAGGAUGACGCCGCUAUGGACGAGUUGCUGGCGCUUGCACACGAGUUCCUGCAACACUUCUGUCACGGCAACCAACAGAACCAGGCCAUACUCCACAAACACCUGGACCUCUUCCUCAACGCUGGGAUUCGUGAAGCACGAACAGUGUGCGCAAUCUUCAGUGACAACGCAGCGCUGUGCGCGCACGAGGGUAAUGAGAAGGUGGUCGCGCACUUCGUGCACUGCAUAGAGUCCCGCGGGCGACGGCCGGCGUACCUCCGCUUCCUGCAGACCAUCGUCCACGCUGAUGCUCAGUACAUCCGCCGCAGUCAGGACCUCGUCAUGCAGGAGAUGGUAAACGCCGGUGAAGAUGUCCUGAUCUUCUACAAUGACAAAGUGUCAUUUAACUAUUUUAUUCAAAUGAUGCGACAGUACAAGCAGACCUAUGAAAUGCCAGAGGCUCUAACUUACCACGUCCAGUUGGUGAAGUUGCUGACAUGCUGCACAAUGGGCAAGAAUGUAUAUACGGAGAUCAAGUGUCACAGUCUACUGCCACUCGAUGAUAUCGUCGCAAUGAUCACCCACACAGACUGCAUACCAGAGGUAAAAGAAGCUUACGUAGGGUUCCUGAACCACUGUUACAUAGACACAGAAGUGGAGAUGAAGGAGAUCUACUCGAGCAACUACAUGUGGGAUCUGUUCGAGCGCUCCUUCCUGCAAGACAUGCAGGCCAUACUGGAGAAUGAUGCUGGGCCAUCAGAAGGGGCGUCAUCAUCCAAAACUCAGCCCUCCGAUACUAAGAAGGCGUGGGUGAAUUACGUUACGGAUGUACUAAUGCACACCAUAUGUACAUUCUUCAAUUCGCCAUUCAGCGAUCAGAGUACGACUGUACAGACCCGGCAGUCCAUAUUCGUGAAGCUACUGCAGACCACGUUCAGCAUCUACCAGUGUCCGUGGCUCAGUCCGCCGCAGAAGCUCAACGUUGAAAAAUGCAUACGCACCCUCAGUGAAGUCGCUAAAUCAAGAAGUAUAGCCAUACCGUUAGAACUGGAAGCUAAAAUACAGACGGUGUUUGAAAAGGCGGCAGCGCUGUCACGGCAGACCAGUAAGUGGUUGCUAGCAUCCAAAACCUCAAAAUUGGAAAAGAUGACCUCACAAUCGAACUUACAAAACGACAGAUCAGUGAUGGAAGGCCUUCAGGAGAUAGUGGCGCUGCUCGAGGAGCAGCUCCGACCGCUGCUGCAGGCUGAACUGUCCCUGCUGGUAGACAUUCUGUACAAGCCUCACUUACUGUUCACCAGCUCGGGUGAAGUUGCACAACCGGAUACCAGCGGGAUAUUUAUAUCUAGACUGAUACGUCACACCGAGAAACUUCUAGAAGAGAAGGAAGAAAAGUUGUGCGUCAAAGUGUUGCGUACUCUGCGGGAGAUGAUGGCCGUCGACCCCGAGUACGGAGAGAAGGGCAACCAGUUGCGCAACAAAUUGCUCUCCCAAUACUUUAUCAAUCGGAAAUCGGAACCCAAAAUCCAGCCGCCUCAAGCCUCAGUUGCCGUCACUCAUGGACCGGGCGAUACCCAUCCGCAUCAGCCGAAGACAGCAAAGGUACUCAUGCGCACCGGCCAGACGCUGGCGCAAGUUCAGGCGCAUUUGGACAAAGAAGGCGCCUCCGAUCUGGUGGUAGACCUCGUCAUAAAGAGCACAAACAGACCAGCGAUAUUUCUGGAAGCUAUACAAUUAGGAAUUGCACUCUUAGAAGGUGGCAACCCUAUUAUACAGCAGAGUAUAUUUACAAAGCUACAAAACGGAGAAAUUUCACAAGCAUUCCUCAAGGUAUUCUACGACAAGAUGCGGGAGGCACAACAGGAGAUAAGAUCGCUAGCAGCGAGCAGCACGGCCGCCGCCAGCUCGGAUAAACAACGUUCCAGUCACUCGGAGAAGCAGAAACAACCCUCUGUUGAUGGUCGUUCAACCCCGGGGCCGCUAGUUGUGGGCGAGGAGAUGGAUGAGGAAGUGACGAGCGCGUGCGGGUCCGCCGUCCACGCAUACUCUGAUAUACACAGCAUGUCACACGGUACGACGGUGUUGGAAGAAAUAAUGGCUGAGAAGAAACGCGAAGCUGGCAACUCAGACGUUCUGCCCGCUAAAGUGUCCGUGAUGCGACCCAUACUCCGCUUCCUGCAGUUACUGUGCGAGAACCACAAUCCUGACUUACAGAAUUUAUUAAGGAACCAAAACAACAAAUCCAACUACAACCUCGUGUCGGAGACGUUGAUGUUCCUGGACUGCAUCUGUGGGUCCACCACGGGCGGCCUGGGUCUGUUGGGCCUGUACAUUAACGAGGGGAAUGUGGCUCUCAUCAACCAAACCCUGGAAACACUCACAGAGUAUUGCCAAGGACCCUGUCACGAAAACCAGAACUGUAUAGCAACGCACGAGAGCAACGGUCUCGAUAUAAUAACAGCGUUGAUACUCAACGAUAUUAAUCCGCUGGGAAAGACGCGAAUGGACUUAGUUCUAGAGUUGAAGAACAACGCCUCCAAGCUACUGCUGGCCAUCAUGGAGUCGCGGAACGACUCUGAGAACAACGCCGAGAGAAUACUAUAUAAUAUGAAUCCAAAGCAACUGGUGGAUGUUGCGUGCUCAGCGUUUCACCAGGAACAUGCGAUGGAUGCGGAUUCAGAUUCGGAGGAUGACGCCCCUGUGCAGGGCGUGUCACCUAAGGAGGUGGGCCACAACAUCUAUAUCCUGUGCCACCAGCUGGCCGCACACAACAAGGAGCUGGCGGCGCUAGUGCGAGCCUCCCCCACGGGACACAACGCACCCGCGCUGCAGUACUACCGCACGCACACCGCGCAGAUUGAGAUAGUACGAACGGACCGUAGUAUGGAGCAAAUAGUAUUCCCAAUUCCGGAGAUCUGCGAGUACCUGCCCGCAGACAGUAAACACCGCGUGCUGCAAAGUGCCGAGCGUGACGACCAGGGUAGCAAGGUUGCCGAUUUCUUUGCCAGACUAGAUAACCUGUUCCAUGAGAUGAAAUGGCAGAAAAAGUUGCGUGGUCAACCUUUCCUGUUCUGGGUGUCGUCCUACAUGUCGCUGUGGAGCAAUAUAUUAUUCAAUUUUGCCGUUCUAAUCAACGUCAUCGUGGCAUUCUUCUAUCCUUUUCAAGACGAGACUCCUAAGCUGGGCCAGCACCUGUCGCUGGUGGCGUGGUGCGUGUCGGCGGCGGCGGCGGCGCUGGUCACGUGGUUGCCGCGCCCCUCAGGAGUACGUGCGCUGCUCGCGAGCGCCAUCGUGCGGCUCAUCUUCUCGGCCGGACCAGAACCCACGCUCUGGUGUCUCGGCAUGCUCACGAUAGUGGUGAAGGGGAUCCACUUGGUGAGUAUAAUGGGCAACCAAGGCACACUGUCCAAGUCCACCCGGAACGUGCUCACGGACCCCGAGCUCCUCUACCACAGCGUCUACCUCAUAUUCUGCUUCCUCGGUAUUUGCUGCCAUCCAUUCUUCUUUUCUGUUCUGCUUCUAGACAUCGUGUACCGUGAAGAGACUCUCCUGAACGUGAUGCGAUCAGUGACUCGCAACGGUCGGUCCAUCCUGCUGACGGCAGUGCUGGCGCUGGUACUGGUGUACAUGUUCUCCAUCGUCGGGUACAUGUUCUUCCGGGACCACUUCCUGGUCAGCGUGGACCGGCUUGAUGAUGAUGACGACCCGCGCUUCGAGGAGAAGUGCCGCGACGACCCCGCCGCCAAGUACUCCGACGGCGGCGGUGGCGGUGGCGGUGGUGGUGGUGGAGGGUCGUGCUCGCGCGCGCCGCGGCUGGUGGCGGUGGGCGGCGAGCUGCGGGAGCGGUCGUGCGACUCGCUGGUGAUGUGCAUCGUGACCACGCUCAACCAGGGGCUGCGCAACGGCGGCGGCAUCGGGGACAUACUGCGCGCGCCCGCCAGCUUCGAGCCGUUGUUCGUGGCCCGCGUGGUGUACGACCUGCUGUUCUUCUUCGUGGUGAUAAUCAUCGUACUGAACCUCAUUUUCGGUGUGAUUAUCGACACCUUCGCAGACCUGCGUAGCGAGAAGCAACAGAAGGAGCUGAUACUGAAGAACACGUGUUUUAUAUGUGGUUUGAACAGGUCAGCCUUCGACAACAAGACGGUCUCGUUCGAGGAGCACAUAAAGAGCGAACACAACAUGUGGCACUAUCUGUACUUCAUGGUGCUGGUGAGGGUGAAGGAUCCCACGGAGUUCACAGGACCAGAGAGCUACGUGCACUCCAUGAUUAAGAGCAACAACCUGGACUGGUUCCCGCGUCUGCGCGCGCUGUCGCUGGUGGGCGGCGGCGAGGGCGAGGGGGGCGAGCUGGAGCUGCGCGCGCUGCAGGCGCAGCUGGAGCGAGCGCAGGCCGCCGUGCUCGGCCUCACCGAGCUGCUGGCCGAGCUGCGGGACCAGAUGACUGAACAGAGAAAGCAAAAACAACGGAUCGGUCUGCUGAACUCAACGUCAGCGUAUCUCCAGAACUUGCAAAUGAACCUGCCGCCGUGAAUAGCAACCAUUACGUCGCACGCCUCCCACCAGUGACGUACAGACAACGUAACGAUAUUGUAACUAUACAUAACACUAAACACGUCUAAACUACACUAAUUGCACUUUUUAAUUUAGCCGCGAGAGCAAAUAAAUAAAUAAAAUAAAUAGUAAAAUAAAAUAU